GUCUUUUGACAUUUUGCAAGCUUUCAUUUUCUGGAGCAGUUUUAAAGUGUUUUCUCUGCUUACUUUGCUUAUCCAGCAUAAAGAUCGUGUAACAUGACAGCUAGCAAUACAUGUUAACAGCUUAUUUGGAAGCUAGACAGGCCAUACUGACACUGCAGAAAACAAUAGCCAUGGAUCCAGCACUCCAUAAGCAAUUGACAGAACUCAUAGAACAACUGACCCACUCUGGUGAGGCCAAUCUUGAAUCUGGUGUGAUGAAACAAAUUAAAAACAUUUGCCGGAAGUCAGAUUUAUACGUUGAGCUAGCAUUUGACAAUGUUAUGAUCGAGUUACAACAAGACCAUGCUGAAAUAAGAUUAUCAGCGUUUCAGAUUAUCAACGAACUGUUCACACGAUCGCAUCGUUUUCGAGAACUUUUAAUUCAGGAUUUUCAUAACUUCACCGAACAUGCAACAAAUGUGAAUCCUGAUAAUCCGUUGCCCAAACCGAAGCCUGUUGCUAAGAUACUUCAUACUAAAGCAUUAGAGACAAUACAACAAUGGAAAGAUAAAUACGGAGAAGCAUACAAAAAAUUAACUCUUGGAUAUCACUAUCUGAAGCAGUGUAGAAAAGUCGACUUUGAUGACAUGGAAGCACGUUCUGUUGCCGAGCGACUUAGACAACAAGAAGAGGAAGCCAGAAAAGAAGCAAUAAUUAAUGAAAAGUGUAAAACAGUGCUAAAGCAAAUGGAGGAAAUUCCCGUUGAGGUUCAGAGUGCCCUCACAGAAAUGGACAGCUGUUAUAAACUGUUGUUGCCUGAUCCUGAACAGUUCACCUUUCAUGAAGCUGAAAAAGACAAUGAUGAUAAGGACCAUGAUGACAAAAACAAUGAUCAUAAAGACGAUGAUUAUGAAGACAAUGAAUACACAGACAAUGAUGACAAAGACAAUGAUGAUGAAGACAAUGAUGAAAAAGAUGAUGAUGAGAAAGACAAUGAUGUAGGUAUUAGUAGUCAUGGUAAUUAUGAUAGGAAAGAUACUGAGAAGGCAUGUGAACUCAGAGAUGAAUGUGAUCAAAACCCAAAUGAUCAUCAAAAUAUCCCAACUGAAAAUAAUGGCAACAAUGAUAGAGAUAAAACUGCUACAAAAAGGGAUGCAACUAACUGGACAGAGACGGAGGACAGUGAUGCUAAAAGGAUGAAAAGUGUCAUUGAAUUAGAAAAUGGUGACACAAAAAAUAAAAGUGAUGACGAUAGAGAUAGUGACAAAGAGUAUGAUGAUGACGACAUGCUAGGUUUGACUACUCAAACAAUGCGGGAGAGAGGCAUUGGUUCUCAAAGAUACGCUGUAGAGAUACAGCUAGACACAUCUAUGUUAACUGUUGUCGAGAAUAAUGACAAUACAGACAUUCUCAGUACACUGACAGAUUUAUAUAGGCUCACAAAGGGUAAAUAUUUACCCAGAAUAGGGCAGUGGUUAGAUCUCUUAACAAAGGGAGGUAAAUAUGAGACCCAGAUUAAACGAGCAAUCGACAUAAAGCAAGCUCUACUCAGUGCAACAAAUAAAUAUGAAAAACUAGACAUUAGGUUCAUGCCUCAAGUUAAAGUCCAAACUGACUCCAACCGUGAUAGCGAUAGUGAUUCAGAUUUUGAAGAUGUAGCUGAGAAAGAGGGGUUUGAGGCUGAUAUUCCCGAGCAUCUUAGAGAAGACUAUGGAAUCUUGCCUUCUACAAAACCUGCUUAUCAGGAGAUUGAUAUGUUCGCUGGUAGUGGAAACCUUGCAGAUAAUGAUCUAGAUUCAACUAUUAUGAAAACCAAUGAGAGAAUACAAAAGAGAUUGCAGUCAGGGCCUAGCUCCUCUAAACCUAGAGGUAGUGCAUUAUUAUCUAAGCCACCAAGUGCAGCGAGUAGUUCCCAAGGGGCAAGCGAUGUUCCUGUUGUGCCUUAUGGAGUUGAUCUCUUCCAUUGGGAGAAUAGAGAUGAAAUCAAACCCACUAUAGUCAGAUAUGAUUCCCUUCAUAGAUUCUGGACUCCCAGAGAAAAUGACGAGCAAAUUGAUAAAGAAGCUGAAGCAGCAAUGAAAAAUCGUGUCAUUAAUUUCACAGGUGAAUUCCAACCUGUACAGUGGAGCUGUAGGGCCUUGUUGAGUAAUGGCAGACUGUGCCCUAGAAUGGAUAGAAUCAAAUGCCCGUUUCAUGGUAAAAUAAUAGGACGGGAUAAAACAGGAGCCCCGAGUAACCCUAAUGACUGCCCCAAUGACAAAGCAGUUGCAGGUAAAGCAGCCUCAAGUACUACUACAAGGGCACAACCUAGUCAAGCGACAAGUAGCGAGACACAAGAUUGGCGUGAUCCAGAGCUCCAACGGGACAUUGAAGCUGCAACUGGGAUCAACCUCACACAAUCUAAAAAAGGAAAGGGUCGCGGGAAAAAAACCUCUAAUUUGACAAACAUUAACAAAUUGGAAAAUACAUCUCGGAAAAGAUUGGAGAAAAAAGUGUUAAAUGCGCGAACUUUAAAAAGAGUUUCUGGUAAACUUGAUCAAAUUGAUCAGAAAUUGGCAAGAGAUAAAUUUGCUAGUAAUUUCAAUUACUCCAUGUAAUUAUGGUGGGGACAUAUUGUUAUAGUCUCCAGCUUUUGUGUUUGGUGUUCUUCGUCUGUAACAAAUGGC